UUUGUGGUUCGGAAGAAAAUAUUAUUUUUGAUUAGUUUUGCAUUUACUUGAAAUUAUUAAAUAAUCAAUUAAAAAUUAAGGAAUAUUUAAUUAUCAAUUCUCAUAGCUAAAUUAAUAUUUACAACUUAAACUUAAAUAUAAAACGGAGACACAUGUGAAAUUCUGUUAAACAAAAACUAAUAGUUUUGCUUUCAUCAUCAAUAAAUUAUUCUGAUUGCCUACAUUUACAGAGUUUUAAAUAAAAAAUAGCUAUGGCUACACGAAAAAGAAGUGGUUCCGGUUCUAAAAGACACCUUAAAGAGAAGGUUGUGCAGAUAUACGAAUCAUUUUUUCGUGGUGAAGAUUUAACAAGUGACAAUCCCACAUUUUGGGAUGAGUUCUUCCUCCUCAAACCUAAGAUACCACAACUAGAAGCAGAGAUACACAAACUUACAGUCGAACAGUUAAAUAAUUUAAAAGAUAAUAUCAAUCUAUUGGUUGUACAAUGUAUCGAUAUGCUAGGACAGGAACACCAUAUAAGGUUGGUGUAUGCACUUCAAACAUUCAGUGCAAUAUUAACUACAAUGUACCAAAGAGCUGGGCAGGACCCCAGCAUUAAUAUAAAGUUUAUAUUAUUAGGAACAGAUAAUGCUAAUUCCAAAAUGCAAAAACUAUUAGAACACUGCAGCACUGUAUUGGCAGGUGAUGUACCCGACAGUCUCAAGUCAAUGGUUAUAAAGUUGCUGUUAAUAAUUGCAAUUGGCAUUGAUAAUAUUGAUGAGAACCCACUCGUGGAAUAUCUAAUGUUGCAUUCACUGUUUGAGCCACUGAUGCAAUUACUGUGCACCUCUACUGAGAGGCAACAACAUGGUUAUGAUGUUGUGAUGCUCCUAAUGUUUUUAGUGAAUUAUAAAAAACAAGAAUCUGCUAAUCCAUAUGUCGUAAAAUUGUCAAUACUUGAUGAUGAGCUUGCAUUAAAUGGAUAUGGUCAAGUGAUAACAGCAGCUCUGAAUGACUUUGUGAUGUCAACAUUUGGUGGCAUGCAGGCGAGUGGUGGGGGGUGGCUCUCCUCACUGACCAGCAUGGUGGGGGGGAUAUUUCUGACCAGUGACGAAACACAGCCAGUUGUCAGGGGACAAAGGAAUAUGGGCGGCGAGGAGGGCAUGCUAUUGGCGCUGUACGAAGCGUCGCACUUGAACCGCAACUUCAUGACAACGCUGGCACAUUCCUCCUCCGCGGCCGCUUCCUCGGCACCGCCUUCGCCUCCCGCCACCUUACCGCCACAUCAGACACCACCAAACUUAGCCCAGAUCCAAGCUUUGGAUAACGAGCAGCCAACAAAUUUAUUAGUCACAUUCUUUCAAUAUUGUUCAAUAGUAAUGGCGGACACACGGACAGAAAGCAGCAUCAACAAGUGCAGUUUAUGUUUCAUCACUCUCACGUGUAUCGUAGAGGAACAGUUCGCUAACUCUAUUAUGCAUGACCAAAAUCUUACUUUUAAGGUACAAUUGUAUAGACUUCCAAUGCGCCAUAGAAAAAUAGUUCCUGAAGAACCGCCUUCUCAACCCUUAGCUUCAACUUUAAUAGACCUUCUAGUAGAGUUCAUGAUGUGCCAUCUACUAAAGAAGUUCCCCGGCGAGUUGUACGAAUUGUGCGUCGGCGUGUUGUUGCGACUGUUGAGCUACCAGAAGCGCUGUCGCGUGCGACUGUCGCGCGACUGGCGGCCGCUGUGGGCCGCGCUCAUCGCACUCCUCAAGUUCCUGGUCACCAAUGAGAGCACUUUGCUGAGAAGACACAACAUAUUUACUAUGGCACAGCAGGUAGUGAAUAUCUUUAAUUUGUUCAUAACAUUCGGCGACACGUUCCUACCGACGCCCGCGUCGUACGACCAGCUGUAUUACGAACUGAUAAGGAUGCAUCAAGUGUUCGACAACCUUUUCUAUAUGGCUCUUCGCUACUCGACGGGCGACGGAGAGUUUAAGGCGGAGGCGUUGCGUCUCGCGAACUGCUUAGUCAACGUGCGCGCGAUCAUACAACACUUCUCGCCCAAGAUCGAGGUGUGGCUCGCCUCGCAGAGCUUGUCCACGCCCACCGAGGAUCAGAUACUAGAAGUGGUGCGCAAGAACUACGACAGCCUGAUCCUCAAGCUGCAGGAGGGGUUGGAGGCGUACGAGCGGUACACGGAGCGCGCGCACCGCCCGCUGCUGGCCCGGCUCGUGCGCGCCGCCUCCGGUGCCGCACGCUUGCGGGCGGACGCGGCGGCUCUGCGCGACCACUCCGCCGCCUUGCUCCACCACUACACCACCAUUGCGUAAUGGAGCGGAGUUAGUACCUACUUCGAGAACUAAAUUGUUGGGCGCGAGGUUGCCUGUUUUGGCGAGCUGCGCGACGUGCCUUCACUGAAAAAAUUAAACGCCAAUUGUCGUGACUCCAUCCUGCCUGCCGCUGCCCCUGGUGGACAAGUUCGUCGUCUGCCGCCGUGGAUCGCAGGGGAGUGCGGGCAUUAAUGGACAGAAGUGAAAUAUAUUAUUAAGGCCUGUACCCACGUUAUAUAAAUUUGUGCCCGCCGGUUGAUUUCUUUUUUUAAUAUACUUUUAAUUAAUAAUUAUUUACUUCCUUUUCAUUAUUAAUAUUUGUACCUACCUAUUCAAAUAAAUAAGGCGGGACACUGGCGCCCUGAUCGUGGUUUAAUGGCUUUCGCUUCUGUCAAUUAUAGCUAGUUUUGUUGAUGGUAUUUUUUUUCUGUUUUUGUAAAACGCUUUAAUUUUUUUUUGUUGGUUUGCAGUAACUAAGGUGAUCGUAGUACUUUUCAUUGUUGUGACUAUGGUAAAUGCCCCAAAUUACUUUACUUUUAUUUCUGUAAUUCUUGUUAUUCCGUAAUUUAAUUUGAUUUAAUAUUUUGAUACUAGAUUAUACUGCACUAUAAAUUUCUCACUGUAUUUUUUUCUCAUUGUAUAGAAAUAAGUACCUUAAUUCUAAAGCUGCGUUCACACUAGUUACAAAAAAAAAAAAAAAAACUUUUAUUUUUAGUUUUAUGUUGUGAUCUUUGCCUUUUCUAUUAACUCGUUCAUUUCAUUCAUUUCAUUCGCUAAUUAAUCCAUUCAUCAUCAAACCAAAGCGUUCCGUUAAAUUAUUGUAACAGAACGGAAUUAUUUUUUCUUUUAUAAUUUUUAUGAGCCAUUCACAACUUACCCUACUCACUAUUUUUUUUUCUUUUCUUAUAUUUAUUAGAAAUUUUUGUUGUUAUUGGAUUUAGCACUAUAUUUCAUUUUUACCAACAUGUCUCAUGCGAUAAAGUUUUUCUCUUUACAAAAGCCUGAGCUAGAAUAUGAAGUGGCUGUUAGAGGUGAAACACCUGCCAAUACCGUAGCAGAGCUAAGAAAGCAAAUAAAUAAAUUAUCACAAUUAUACCCCUCAGAAGAAAUUUUAUAUUCGCAUUUAGACACUUCAGACGAUUUAUCUUGCACUUUUGAACUAUUAAAUAAAAUUAAUUUAACCCUUGCGGAAGAGGUUUUUGAUAAAAAUACACUAAAUCGCAUCGAAAAUCUUCUCUUCCACGUUUAUCAUAGGAUCAAUAGAAUUGAACCCGAUAAAGCUUCUUCAGAUCAACACUCACAAUGUAGUGAGCUUUAUAAAAAUUUAUAUGAUAAAUUACUAAAUUUAAAAUUAAAGAGUGUUGAUCCCCUUGCCGUGGUCGGUAUUAAUACAGAUAACCAACCUUCGCCCACACCAAUUAACGUGACAGUUACUUGUGAGGGUAACAGUAGAUUUCCUUCCGAAGUGCUCAAGUUGAAAUAUGAUGGGAAGUCAUGUGUCCGCUCUUUUAUUGAGCGUGUAAAUGAAUUUACCUUGGCUCGUAACAUUUCGGGAUCGAAACUUCUUUCUUUUGCUACUGAGUUUUUUGCAGAAGAUGCAUUGCACUGGUUCCGUAGCGUGAAAGACCAAGUAUCGUCAUGGGAUGAUCUUGUCGUGCUUCUCAAACAAGACUUCGAUAAGCCCGAUUAUGACUACCGACUAUUAGCCGAGAUUCGAUCUAGAACCCAGGGCCAAACAGAGAACAUUACUAUUUAUUUAUCAAUACUGGCUGGUAUGUUUUCACGCCUAUCGAAGCCCCUAUCAGAAGACGACAGGUUAGAAAUUAUAUUGCAUAAUAUUAGGCCGUGCUAUGCAAGUACGCUCGCUUCUGUAACAGAGAUUAAAACUGUUGAACAUUUGCGUCUAUUAUGUAAAAAUUAUGAAAACGUUCAUUCACGUAUGGUACAAUUUCGUGAGCCUGUUGCCGGACCUUCAGAUUCUAUGGUCGCGCCAGAAUUUGCGUAUAAAUCAAAAAUUGUAAAUUCGCAAAAACAAAAUCUUAACCAAAAUUACAAUUAUAAACAAAAUAGUUACAAAAACCCUAUUAUUUACACUAACCCUAAUUCUAACAACAUUAAUGAAAAAUAUUUGCACGCUAUUAAUAAUAAUAAUUCUAAUACUACUAGUAAAUUACCCUACUGCCCCAGAUGUCGUAACAAUUCACAUAAUUUUAAAAAUUGUGAAAAUACAGAAAUCUUGUGCUUUAAAUGUGGUCACAAAGGUGUCAAGAAACCCGAUUGUCCUAAUUGUAACACUCCUUCAAAAAACUAAAUUCUCAGAAUUGUAGCAAGCCUCAUUCUACAGUGCAUAGAAAAGAAUGGGAGGAAUGGUUAUUAACUGUUCGUAGGUUUUUUAACACUUACAAUAUUGCUACAAUUCUGAAUUACAAACCUUUAGAUGAUAUACGACCAUAUGUCAAUAUAAAAAUUAAUGACACGAUUGCCUCUGGUCUUCUUGAUUCAGGCUCUAGUGUUUCUAUCCUAGGCAAUAAUGCGCAUAAAACCUUAUUAAAUCGCGAUUUUAAGAUAUUUACAGAUGACGCGAUAUCUGUAACUGCGGCCGGUGGUCAAAUACUGCAAAGUAUAGGUUACAUAAAUUUACCUAUUACUUUUGAUUCUCAAUUUCAUAUUAUAAAAACUUACGUUGUCCCAGAAAUUCGUUACUCUCUUAUAUUAGGAAUUGAUUUUUGGCGGGCUUUUAAAUUAUGUCCCAAAUACUUAGGUUCAAUUGCUUUGUCAAAUGAACCGUUAAUUGAUCUAAAUUGUAGUAAUUCAGAAAAUCUAAUUCACUCUUAUGAUAAUUUAGAUAGCACUCAAAAGGCGACUGCAGAUAAUGUUAUAAAACAAUUUCACGAUAUUUCCUUUGAACAUAAAGGAUUAGGUCGGACUCAUUUAAUAACUCACCGCAUUAAUACUGGCGAUUCACCACCGAUCAGGCAGAGGUACUAUAGGCUCUCUCCUGAAAAACAAAGAAUCCUAGUCGAACAAGUAGACGAAAUGCUGGCAUUAGAUGUAAUCGAACCUUGUGAGAGCUCUUGGCAAUCGCCCGUUCUCCUAGUUACUAAAAAGAAUGGCCAGCCACGUUUUUGUUUGGACAGUAGGAAGCUCAAUUCGGUCACGAAACGAGAUGCGUAUAAUUUACCGUACAUUUCAGAAAUUCUCGAUAAUUUGCGUGAUGCACGUUACUUAACCAGCCUCGAUCUAUCUAAAGCCUUUUGGCAAAUUCCUAUAGCAGAGGAAGAUCGAGACAAGACAGCUUUUUACGUCCCGAACCGUGGAACGCUGCGCUUUAAAACCACAGCAUUUGGACUGACCAAUGCUCCAGCUACUCAGCAGCGACUAGUUGACGCAUUGCUAGGUGAAGUAGAUCACCGUAUAUUCGCGUACCUAGACGAUAUCAUUAUCAUUUCAAACACAUUUGAUGACCACGUUUCCCUAUUGCUUCGGGUCCUAGACAAAUUACGAAAAGCUAACUUGACCAUUAAUUUGGAUAAAUGUGAAUUUUUUCGAAGUCAGCUCAAAUACUUAGGAUACGUAGUCGAUGCGAAAGGGCUGCGAACUGAUCCGGAUAAAGUAAAAGCUAUCCUCAAUUAUGCUACUCCUACGAACCGUAAAGAAGUAAAACGUUUUUUAGGCACCGCUACGUGGUACCGUAGGUUUGUGCCAAAUUUUAGCACGAUAGCAGGACCACUUAAUAAACUGACCUCGAGUAAGAAAAACGCUCCACCUUUUUCGAUGGACUGAAGAAGCAGACGUGGCUUUUAAAAAAUUGAAGGCAUGUCUUGUGUCUGCUCCGGUUCUUUCAUGUCCAAACUAUGAACUUCCUUUCCAAGUUCAUACGGAUGCGAGCAGCUAUGGAAUAGGUGCAAUGCUCACGCAGUAUAUUGAUGGCAAGGAACGACCUAUUGCCUAUAUGAGCAGAUCCUUGACUGGAGCGGAAAGGAAUUACAGCGUUACAGAACGCGAGACUUUAGCUGUAGUAGUUGCGUUGGAACAUUGGCGUUGCUACGUAGAAAACGGUCAACCCUUUACAGUUUAUACAGACCAUAGCGCACUUAAAUGGUUUUUAUCCAUUAGCAACCCUACAGGUCGCCUAGCCCGUUGGGGUGUUCGAUUAUCUUCAUUUGAUUUUGAAAUCAAACACCGUCGCGGUCCUGAUAACGUUAUUCCUGACGCCUUAUCUAGAGCUCAUCCGGUUUCCGUAAUUAACACUGCCAAAUCAUUUGCGACUACUAGCGAUGAUUGGUAUAAAAACAUUUAUAAUAACUGUCUUAACAACCCAAUUAAUUUUCCUAAUUACUUAAUAAAAAAUAACAUCUUAUUUCGACUAUCCAAGAACAAAUGCCAUCUCACAAAUGAAUUUUCAUGGAAGGAAGUGGUUCCAUCAGAGUUUAGGGAUAACGUUAUCAGGGAAAAUCACAACAACCCAACGGCUGGUCACUUGGGCAUUUUCAAGACUUACAGGCGUAUCGCCCUUAGAUACUUCUGGCCAGGGAUGUACCGAGAUAUCGCAAAAUAUGUAGGUUCAUGUUCCACUUGUCUUCAAUACAAGCCCCAAAACCAUCCCACUCUUGGUGAAAUGGGUCGCCCCAAACAAUGCUCUAGACCUUAUCAGAUGAUUUCUGUUGACCUAAUGGGCCCGUUGCCCGUAACAAAAAAACAAAACAAAUUCAUUUUAGUUAUAACGUGUUGUUUUUCAAAAUUCUGUCAAAUUUUCCCAAUUAAACAAGCAACUUCCCAAAUUAUCGUCAAAAUAUUAGAGGAACAGGUAUUUUUGAUUCACGGCGUCCCUCAGACCAUUCUCCUUGACAAUGGACCCCAACUUGUUAGUAAUCACACUAAUGACUUAUUCAAAAAAUAUAGUAUUCCAAACAUAUAUUUUACUCCAAAAUAUACCCCACAAGUUAAUACUGUGGAGCGAUACAACAAAACAAUCAUAACCUGUAUUUCUAUGUUUGUGGAUAAUGAUCACCGUUCGUGGGAUUUGUUUAUACCUAGUGUUCAAUUUGCCAUAAAUAACUCUGUGAAUGAGGCGACAGGUUUUACUCCUUCAUUUUUAGUUUUUGGGCGAGAAACAGUAAUCUGUGGUUCUCACUACACUGACACUGAUUUAGGUGACGAAAUUGUAUUCAUGCCACGGGACAUAUACGCUGAAAACUCUAGCUUUAUGUGCAAUAUUUUCGACCAAGUUCAAAAAUCGUUAUAUCACGCUCACGUCAAAAAUUCAGAAAAAUAUAAUUCAAGACGGAAGCCCUUUGAGUAUAAUGUAGGAGAUAUUGUCAUGAAACGUACAUACGUUUUAAGCGAUAAAGAUAAGUUUUUCAGUAAGAAACUAGCCCCUAAAUUCAUAAAAUGUCGCAUUAUAGAAAAAAAGUCUCCAUUAGUUUAUGUCUUGGCAGAUAUGUCUGGUAAAUGCUUAGGCACCUGGCAUAUAAAAGACUUAAAAAUAAUAAGUCAAUUAUAAUAAUUAGGGUUAACAUGCAUUAUUAUAAAUUUAUUCGUAAUUUUUUUUUAUAACUCACAUAAUUUUUUUUAUAUACUUAGUUUAAUUACACUCUUGGUUGCAUACUUAUUUCUCAGCUGUGCUGACAGACAUGCAACAUGGUGGUUAAAAUAAUGAUAGUAAACAAGAUCAUAAUAAUAUGAUCGUUUCACUAAUUACUGCGGAUUUUAUCAUUAAAAUAAAACCCUUGUAAGGGCCGGCGGGGUAAUGUAACAAUAAAUUUGUAAAAGUUACAAAUUUAAUGUUGCAACAUUAUUUUGUUGGUAACUUAAGCUCGCGCUCGACAUUGAGUCGCGCGCGGCGGUUUUUGCCGGGUUUACCGUUAGACGGCUGACGUCGCGAUUUGACCUUGUAGGCAAGCCAGUCAGAACUAACGUCUGUCAAAGCACGGUCGCGUCACUAAUUCGCGCGACCGACGCUGCCGUCUGCAGUUUUUUAUAUUCAAUUACCAAAUACUGCUAAUUCCAAUAUAUUAUAUAAUUUUGCUAAAUCGUUCCCGCUAUAGGGAGCGGAGUUAGUACCUACUUCGAGAACUAAAUUGUUGGGCGCGAGGUUGCCUGUUUUGGCGAGCUGCGCGACGUGCCUUCACUGAAAAAAUUAAACGCCAAUUGUCGUGACUCCAUCCUGCCUGCCGCUGCCCCUGGUGGACAAGUUCGUCGUCUGCCGCCGUGGAUCGCAGGGGAGUGCGGGCAUUAAUGGACAGAAGUGAAAUAUAUUAUUAAGGCCUGUACCCACGUUAUAUAAAUUUGUGCCCGCCGGUUGAUUUCUUUUUUUAAUAUACUUUUAAUUAAUAAUUAUUUACUUCCUUUUCAUUAUUAAUAUUUGUACCUACCUAUUCAAAUAAAUAAGGCGGGACAGUUAGUUAAAUAUUUUCGAUGUGUGAGUAUACUCAAAUUCACCAACAAAAAAUGCUGUCGAGAGGUUGUCCCUUUAGAAAAAGAUAAUUUUGUUGGUGAAUUUGAGUGCGAUACAAGUCCAAUAAAAUAUAAUGAUUGGUCUGAGUCUUUAACUAAUGAUGUACUGGCGUAAACCGUAGACUACUGCUAGCUGGAUGUCUUAGGGUUCCCGCACAUGGGCCCACCGGCCACAACCACAAAACGCCAUAAAUAUAAUAAAAGUAGUAUAUUUAUCUGCGGGCAUAAAUGAGACCUCGCCUGCCCAUGGCAAUAUAUGUUUUAUUGUACCUAUUAGAAUAAACGAUAUAAUAGGGUAGUUGACUCGUAUCAAAUUUAAUAUAAACAAUAUUAAUUUUGUAUAGUACAAGUUGUAAGGGUCCGAAAUAUCUCGAUAUUAAUAAAUACGGAUAACUUAAUUUAAAAAUCGUGUUUUAUCGAUUUUUUCAAACGUCAAAAAGCUGUUGUCUAUUUUGUGACGUCACAAUGUUACUUGAUGUACUAAAGGAAUAAACGCAAAACUAAAUAACCGCUAAACAGUUUGGUUAAGGUUUAGUGUUUACGUGACGUCAUGAAACGAUAAAAUAUAGACCAUCAUGGCCGAUAGCGUUUGGGCUUGUAUAGUCAAAAAAAUAAAGGUUUUUGUCACGUUUAAAAAAACAUGAUAUUUUUUUCAAUCUAAUAGAAUGAUAAUGAACAAUUUAAGACUAUUAAAAAAAAGUGUCAACUACCCUAUUAUGUACCCUCUGUGAAUUUAAAUAUACAUUUAAAAUGUAUUAAAUUGAUAUCAUAUCAUAUGCUUAUUACCGAGAAUUAAGCCGGAUUUAUAUUUGUCUGACGUGUCGUGUCGUGACGCAUCAGAACAGAAUCGGUAUCAUAUUUUUUGUAUGCAAAUCAGGAGUCAUCACGACAUGUCACAACACAAAAGUGUAAAUGUUGCCAUAUAAAAUGUAUGAUACCGAUUCUGUUCUGAUGUGUCACGACACGACACGUCAGACAAAUACAAAUCCGGUUACACAUUUGUUUUGUGUAAAAAUGGAGUCAAAAAAAUAUAAAUAAUUAAAUUAAUGUUGUAUUAGAACAAUAAUUUAAUAAGGUAUUUAUAUCUUUUUUCUUAUGUAGUGAGAGAUAACUGUUUAAGUUGAUUUAAAGCCAUUGAUGUAAAAAAAAUAAUAAUUUAAAAUUAGUGUAUUUCUGUUAUUCUUAAUAUAAAGUCUAUAUUUCAACAAUAUUAUUGUCAUAAUUUAAAUAGUAUGUUUUGUGAAAACAAUUACGUCAUUUAUUUUACUACAACAUGAGUUUUAAACCCAAUGUUAACUAUUACAAUUAUUUAUUUUCAUUUAACAGAAUGUUAUAUUUUUCAUAAUAAAUAAAAGACUGAAUGAAUA